AUGUAUUCUUGUUCAAGUCACAUACACUUUUGCAUUUUCAAGGCGGGCUUUUGUUUCAGUAUCGGCAUCGGCCCAGUAGCCUGGUUUAUUGGUACGGAACUAGCUGGAUCGGGAGCUCAAGCUCGUGUGCAAUCGCUUUCCAUUUCGGCACAAUAUGUCACUUCAUUCGCUUGUCCAGUCAUCUAUUCACCACUGGAGCAACUUAUUGGACCAUUUAGUUUUUCACUUUUCAUUAUUCCUUUGACAGUCACGACGUUCUGGAUUUACUACUAUAUGCCGGAAACACGAAAUCGCAGCCCAGAGCAGAUUCGGAGCUUGCUGGAAGCUGGAAAAAGGCGGUUUUAG